AUGGACGUCGCAAACGAUUCAUCAUUUGAUAUUGAUCAAGUAUCAAAUAUUGUUGAACAAGCAGUUGAACGAGUUAUUGGUGCUAAUUCAUAUCAACAGAACAAAAUUAAUCGUUGGACUGUCGAUGUUGUUGAUCAAACUUUGACUGAUUUAACUGGUUUACAAAAACCAUUUAAAUAUAUUGUUCAAGCAGUGAUAAUGCAAAAAAAUGGAGCAGGUUUACAUACAGCCAGUUCUUGCUAUUGGAAUAAUACAACUGAUGGUAGUUGUACAGUUCGUUGGGAAAAUAAACAUGUUUAUGCCAUUGUUUCCGUUUUUGGUUUAUCUACUUAA